UUCACUGUGAAGAAGAAGAAAUUUUGUUAUUUCUCCAUAAGAUUUUCAUUUUCCUGAAUGAUCCAGUGAGAGUAAGAACUUUUUCCUAUUCUAAUCAGAUCAGAUCAAACCAACAGCGAUCUUUCUGAAAGUUAAAAAAAAAAUGGCUUCUUUGUCUUUGAAAACAGUUGGUCCAUCUCCAUCUUCAGCAUUUUCAGGAGCUAAUGAAGGAUCAUCAACAACAAGAAGCAAACGUCUAACUUUAGUUAGAAAUAAUCGUUUUCAGGUAAGAAAUGAAAGGAUUACAGAGCAACAGCCAAAAAGCCACAAAGUGGAGAGUGUAUCACGCAGGGAUGCAAUGCUGAGUGCCGGGCUAUGGGACUGGGUGCAAUCACCCUAUUCUCAGCUGACACUGCUGAAGCUCAUAUUGUCAAUCCCAACACUAAGCAUGAGUUCUUUGAAACGUGCAAGAUGCUUAUGGAAAAGGUUGGAUUAUCGAAGCCAAAGAACGCAAAACCACCAUCUGCAGAGCAUAAACACAACUCACCAGCAUCACAACCACCAAAAACCUUACCAAAGGAGAAAAUACCCGAAGCAACCAAGAAAGAAACACCACCACGACUUGUUCAUCAAAGCAGCAGCCAAGCAGGAGUCCUAGUAGUAGAAGCAAUAGUAGUAGAAGCAACAGCAGUUCCAAUAUGAUGAGCCUGUACUA